AUGUGGGCUGAACAAGAUACUGGCUUCCCGGAGGUUCACUACCUUAAGGUUCCUCAUCUUGGGGACGUUCCUAUUGCAAAAGGCGAGUUUCGAGAACUGCCAGAGAACGUUCAGCGAUUCAUUGGUAAAUGGGUAUGUUUCCGCAAUUUUUUCUAGUUCCUGUGUAGGUUGAAGUUUGCAAGCCAAAAGACCUUUUCAUUUGCGAUGGUGGCAAGGCAGAGGCUGAUCUCAUCACUGAACAGCUCAUAAAGGGAGGAACCCUUGCCCGCCUCACUGCGUAUGAAAACAACUACAUCUGCUGUACUGACCCCAAGGAUGUGGCCCGUGUCGAGUCGAAGACGUUCAUUUGUACCAAGGAAAAGUACAAGACUGUCCCUCACGUGAAAGAGGGCGUCAAGGGGAUUCUAGGCCAGUGGAUAUCCAUGGAGGAUAUGGAUUCUUACAGCAAAGACCGUUACCCCGGCUGCAUGGCUGGUCGUACUAUGUACGUCAUCCCGUACAGCAUGGGACCCAUCGGCUCUCCCUUGGCGAAGUAUGGUGUUCAGCUCACCGACAGCAGCUACGUCGUCCUGUGCAUGCGUAUUAUGACCCGUGUGUCCCCACUGGUCAUCGAAAUCAUAAGGGAACAGAAAGCGUUUGUGCGCUGUGUUCACUCCAUCGGAUUACCACUCCCUUAUUCAGGUAAGCAGUUUUAUUAACCUUUAUGUGAAAAAAUAGGAAAAAUCAUAAAUAAUUGGCCAUGCAAUCCUGAGAAGACAAUGAUUGCUCACAUCCCGGACGAACGCAUCAUUCUCAGCUUCGGAAGUGGGUAUGGCGGGAACUCCCUUCUCGGCAAGAAGUGCUUUGCUCUUCGUAUUGCCGGUCGUAUUGCCUACGAUGAGGGAUGGAUGGCUGAGCACAUGCUAAUCAUGUCUGUUACCAAUCCUAAGAACGAAGAAAAGUUCGUUUGCGCUGCCUUCCCCAGUGCUUGUGGUAAGACCAACAUGGCUAUGCUGACCCCGUCACUGCCUGGAUGGAAGAUUCAGUGUGUUGGUGACGAUAUUGCAUGGAUGCGCUUCGAUGACGAGGUAUGAUUUUUGGAUUUUCCUCAUAAUCUUCACACCAAAAGGGUGUUCUUAGGGCCAUAAACCCCGAGGCUGGCUUCUUCGGCGUCGCGCCGGGCACUAAUCACAAAACAAAUCCCAAUGCUAUAGAGUCGUGCAUGAAGAACUCGGUCUUCACAAACGUUGCGCAGACAGAUGAUGGUCGUUUCUUCUGGGAGGGUCUUGAGGAGGAGUACGACCCGAACACAAAGAUAACCACCUGGCUCGGCGAGAAGACAACGGUGGGCGCAACUACUCAGACGGCCAAGGCCCAUCCCAACUCUCGAUUCUGCUGCCCAGCUUCGCAGUGCCCGAUUAUUCAUCCGAAGUGGGAAGACCCGAAGGGUGUGCCCGUUUCCGCUCUCAUCUUCGGAGGCCGCCGCCCCGAGGGCAUUCCUCUCGUUUACCAGGCCUUCAGCUGGCCGCACGGUGUCAUGGUCGGCGCGCAAGUGAAAUCAGAGGCUACCGCCGCCGCUGAAUUCAAGGGUAAGCACUAGAGUGCACUGUGUUCCUGGACUUUGAAGCCUCACAGGCUGUCCCUUUUAGGAACACCGUCGCCUGAAACUCCCCUUUCUGUUCGCUUCAGGUCGCCAGGUUAUGCAUGAUCCGAUGGCCAUGAGGCCAUUCAUGGGCUACAAUUUCGGCAAGUACUUGGAACACUGGUUGUCAAUGGAGAAACCCAACCGCAAAAUGCCCAAGAUAUUCCACGUCAACUGGUUCCGUCUGGACAAGAAUGGCCGGUUUGCCUGGCCUGGCUACGGCGAAAACAUUCGCGUUAUCGAGUGGGUUCUCCGUCGUUGUGCCGGCGAAAACUGUGCUGUGGAGAGUGCCCUUGGCUAUCUGCCGACCAAGGGGUCUAUCAACAUGUCCGGCCUUAAUGUCGACUGGGACGCCAUAUUCCACCUACCCAAGGAAUACCUGCUUGAGGAUAUCGAGGAAACUACAAAGUUCUUGGAUGACCAAGUUGGCGUCGACCUCCCUGAAGCCAUCAAAAAAGAGUUGGCCAACCAGCUGCAGCGCAUCAAGAGCAUGUAGAUCUUUGGUCUCGGUAUGUGGCCCGGACUGUUUUCUUUAUUAUCUACUCACCUCAGUAUAUGCCCUAAGACUUCCUUUUUUGUCCUCCCUAGGCUCUGUCUGCAAGCUCUCUUGGUGAUCUGCCCCAAUUAA